UGCCUGUGUGCGUGCUGAAUGGUAGUGUUGUGGUGUGUGUUCUCGUGAGGGUUACGAUGUAAAGUGCAAGUGAUAUUGAUUUUUCGUAGUGUGCUAUGAGUGAUUGAACAUAAUACGACGCUUCUAUAGUAAUUAUAAUGUGGACACCUACAAAAACCAAGAAAUAUGGCGUGGCGGUGCACAACUGGCGUGGCGACGUGCGCUACGGCCUGCCUCUGGAGAUCGGCGAGACGGUUCAGAUACUGGAGGAGUGCUCAGGAUGGUACAGAGGUUUCUCCACAAAGAAUCGCUCAAUAAAGGGAAUCUUCCCCGCCACGUAUGUGUUCCUGAAACCUUGCAAAGUAGACAACGAAGGGUUGUUCGAGUCCGUGGUGCCGCUAGAGGACCCGGUUGUGCGAGAAGUGACGCUGGUCCUGCAGGAAUGGGGCGUCAUAUGGAAGCGGCUCUACGUGGAGCGGGAGACGUACAAGUUCAGCACGCUGCGCAAGGUGAUGAGAGAGCUGCUCGACUGGAGGCGGCAGCUGCUGACAGGCACGCUCACCCAGGACCACACACGCGAGCUCAAGCUCAAGAUCACCUCCAAGAUAGACUGGGGCAACAGGAAGCUGGGGCUGGACCUGGUGCCGCGCCUGGGCUCGCACAUGGUCGACCCGGCCACCAUGAGCGUCGUCGAGCUCUACCAGGUGCACGUUCAAAGUGCGGAAAACUCUCAAGGUGCAUCAGCCAGGGGCACCAUGAAGCGCAAGGAGUCUCGCAAGGUGCUCACCCACCACCUGUACUUCUGCAUGCGCGACUUCGGCCACCACGUGGGCGAGGACACGGAGAUAUACUUCUCCCUGUACGACACCAAGAAGGCCAAGUACAUCAGUGAACGUUUUCUAGUCAGGAUAUCAAAGGAAGGUUUCUCAAACUACAUUGAAAAACUACACAGCAACUGUACAAUAUUCACGGACCUGGGCAACGCCGACCUGAACCGCGACCUGCACCUGGUGGCGCACGUGAUGCGCAUGGGCCGCAUGCUGUACUCGGACUCGUCGCGCAAGUCGGCGGGCCACGCCGCGCCGCCGCCGCCGCCGCACCAGCUGUUCAAGCGGCCGCACGGCUGCGCGGUGCUCCCCGUCAGCGAGGUGCUGCUGGCCAAGGAGGCGGGCGAGGAGCGCGAGUUCACCUUCCGCGUGUACCAGGGCGAGGAGAGGGACUUCCACCAGCUGCACGAGAUGAUCAUCAAGAAGCAGACCAGCAAGUACAGCCCGCUGUCGGGCCAGCCCAACUACGGCAUUGUGAUAUCUCUGAAGAUGCUUCAUGGGGAACUGGCGCAAGUGAGGGAGGAGAACCCUCUACUUUUCAAGAACGUAUCGCUGACCAAGAAGUUGGGCUUCUCCGAUGUCAUCAUGCCUGGCGACGUGAGGAACGACCUGUACCUGACCUUGGAGAAGGGGGAGUUCGAGAGAGGCGGCAAGUCCACGGGGAAGAACAUCGAGGUCACCAUCCUGGCACUCGACGCGGAGGGUAGGAUCAUACAGAACUGCCUGUGGGGGGCCUCCGGCUGCGAGGGAAGCAACGAGUACCAGUCCAUGAUCAUCUACCACCACAACUCGCCGUGGUGGUCGGAGACCGUGCGGCUGGCCGUGCCGAUAGAGAAGUUCUACGGCUCCCACGUGCGGAUCGAGUACCGCCACUGCUCCACGCGGGAGAAGCUGGACAACAAGAAGCUGUUCGGGUUCUCGUUCGCGCGGCUGAUGGAGCCGGGCGGGGCGACGCUUCGCGACGGCCAGCACGAGCUGUACACCUACAAGUGCGAGGACCGGGCGCGGCUGGAGCCCGCGGGGUACCUGCAGCUGCCCUCGGGCCCCGCCGACUGCACGCCCGUCCCCGCCGGCGCGGGCUGCUUCUCCCGCAGCUCCAAGGAGACUGUGUGCGUGCACACCCUGCUCUGCUCCACCAAGCUCACCCAGAACGUGGACCUGCUGUCGCUGCUGCAGUGGAAGGAGCGGCCGGACAUGAUCCAGACGGCGCUGGACCGCGUCUUGCGCGUCGGCGGCGAGGAGCUGGUCAAGUUCCUGCAGGACGUGCUCGACGCUCUCUUCUCCAUGUUCUCCACCGAGGACGGCAACUCCACCUCGUACUCCGGCCCCGUCUUCCACGCCCUGGUAAGCAUAUUCAGCUUGAUGGAUGACAGUAAGUUCGAGCACUUCAGGCCGGUGAUGGAUGCCUACAUUAAGGGUCACUUUGCAGCUGCUCUUGUCUAUAAAGGCCUGCUGAGCAGCGUGCAGCACUGCGCGGAGUGGGUCAGCUCGACGGAGAAGCAGGAGCCGAUACAGAAGUGCUUCCGCUCCCUGGAGUACAUCUUCAAGUUCAUCAUCCAGUCGCGGCUGCUGUUCGCCCGGGCGACCGGGGGCCAGUACGAGGACAGCUUCAGGAAGGACCUGUACAACGUGUUCAGCGCGCUCAGCAAGAUGUUGGCUGCGUCCUACGACGUCAUUAUUCCAACCCAGUGUGCGCUGCUGCACAGCAUCAGCGCGGUGUACGAGCAGCUGGUGAGCGUGCUGCCGGUGCUGGAGGUGACCAAGCUGGCGACGGGCAUGCUGGAGGGCCUGCCCCGCGACCUCCCGCCCCAGCUCACGCAGGCCAAGCUCACCGCGGUCCGCAACCUCGUCACCAGCCGGCUCUUCCACGACGACGAGUCCCGCAACCUGCUGCUGUCGGCGUGUUGCAAGCACCUGCGCGUGCACUUGGCUCACCGCGACGAGCUCCGCCUGUGCACGGAGAUACUCGGCGAGGUGCUGAGCUUCCUCUUCAAGCAGCGGCAGGCGCAGGAGCAGGGCAAGGUGAACAAUUGCCUGCAUCACGAUGUUGAGAUACUGUGCCUCACCACAUUGGACAUGCUGAUCCAAACUGUCCUCAUCAUUAUAGACAGGUCGGCUGUAGUUCUGGGCUGCCUGGUGGCGUGCCUGGUCGGCCUGCUGCAGCUGCUCGAUGAGUUCCACUACAAGCGGCUGUGGGAGGAGCUGGGCGACCGCAAGCCGCGCAAGGACUUCCUGCUGCGCGUGUUCCUGGUGUUCCGCGACCUCGUCAAGCAGGAGGUGUUCCCGCCCGACUGGCUCGUCAUCCGCAUGGUCACCAACAACGUCAUGUUGUCGGCCCUGCAGGAGCUGGCCCAGCCGCUCGUCUUCGACUUCCUCGACGUGCGCCACUUCGACAACCAGCUGUGGAGCAACUACUUCAACCUGGCGGUGGCGUACCUGACGCAGCCGUCCCUGCAGCUCGAGAAGUUCAGCGAGGUGAAGCGCGAGAAGAUCAUCGAGAAGUAUGGCGACAUGCGCGUGCUCAUGGGCUUCCAGAUACUCUCCAUGUGGUCGAACCUAGGCGAGCACAAGAUCAACUUCAUCCCGUCCAUGGUGGGGCCGUUCCUGGAGGUGACCCUGGUGCCAGAGUCGGAGCUGCGCAAGGCCACGCUGCACAUCUUCUUCGACAUGAUGGAGUGCGAGCAGAAGGCACGGGGCAACUUCAAGCAGGUUGAGUCGGAGUUGAUCGACAAACUAGACAUACUCAUCAGCGAGAACAAAGGAGAUGAUGAAUACAGGCAGCUCUUCAAUACCAUGCUGCUGGACCGGGUGCAGUCGGAGGACCCCGCCUGGAAGGACAGCGGGGCGGCCUUCAUCAGCUCCGUGACGCGGCUGCUGGAACGACUGCUCGACUACCGCAGCGUCAUCCAGGGCGACGAGAACCGCGACAAGCGGAUGUCGUGCACCGUGAACCUGCUGAACUUCUACAAGAACGAGAUAAACCGCAAGGAGAUGUACCUGCGCUACAUCUACAAGCUGCACGACCUCCACCUGCCGGCGGACAACUUCGCGGAGGCGGGCUUCACCAUGAAGCUGUACGCGGACCAGCUGGGCUGGAGCUCUCGGGCGCUGGCGGGCGACCCGCAGUUCGCCGGCCUGCAGGAGUGGCAGCGCAAGGAGCAGCUCUACCACCAGAUCAUCUCGUACUUCGACCGUGGCAAGUGCUGGGAGAAAGGCAUCCCGCUGUGCAAGGAGCUGGCGAACCUCUACGAGUGCCGCUUGUUCGACUACAGCAAGCUGAGCAAGAUCCUGAGGACGCAGGCGGACUUCUUCGACAACAUCCUCACCCAGCUGCGGCCGGAGCCCGAGUACUUCAGGGUCGGCUUCUACGGCCUCAGCUUCCCGUUGUUCGUCAGGAACAAGCUGUUUGUGUAUCGUGGGCUGGAGUACGAGCGGAUUGGUGCCUUCACACAGCGUCUGCAGACCGAGUUCCCAUCGGCACAGAUCCUCAUGAAGAAUUCUCCCCCGGAUGACUCCAUCAUAAACUCUGAUGGCCAGUAUAUCCAGAUAUGUAACGUGAAGCCGAUCCCGGAUGAUAACCCAAUAUUUAGCUCAGGGGUUGAUAUCCCGGAGAAAAUAGCCAGCUUCUACGAGGUGAACGACGUGUGUAGGUUCCAGCUGGAUAGGCCCGUGCACAAAGGUCCAGUGGACAAGGAGAACGAAUUCAAGAGCCUGUGGAUAGAGCGCACGGCGCUGGUGACGAGCAGCCCGCUGCCGGGGAUCCUGCGCUGGUUCGAGGUGGUGGAGAAGAGCGUGGAGGAGGUGGCGCCCGUGCAGUUCGCCUGCGAGACCAUGGACAGCGUCAACAAGGAGCUGCGGGCCCUCGUCGACCAGCACACCGUCGACCGCAAGCGCAACGUCAACCCCUUCAGCAUGCGCCUGCAGGGGAUCAUCGACGCGAACGUGAUGGGAGGCAUCAGCAAGUACCAGCAGGCGUUCUUCACCCCGGAGUUCGUGAAGCUGCAGCCAGAGUUCUCGGACCAUGUCUACAGGCUGAAGGCGCUCACCUUGGACCAGAUCCGGAUCCUGGAGAGCGCGCUGUGCCUGCACGGCCAGCUGGCCCCGGCCGGAGUCCAGCCGCUGCACCGCCGCCUGCAGGAGCGGUUCGCGCAGCUCAGGCAGGGCCUGCGCGACCUCAGCCUGGCCCCGCGCGCCCGCGGCAAGUCCCAGUCCGACAGCAUAGUCAACACCCCGCUCCCGCCGUUGCCGGUCGAGAAGAAGCAGUCCCUGGCGCACUGCAGCGGCGAGACGCCCAGCAACCGGUCCUCGGCGUCGGGCAGCAGCGCCCACUACGGCCACCUGGUGGCCGGCGAGGACCAGGGCACGGACGACGAGGACAUCUACAGCCGACCCAUGGAGCUGCUGGAGAGGAUGAACGGCUCAGCGGCGGAGGGGACGUGCGACCGCGGGAGUGUCCACCCCCCGCCCAUCCCGCUGCGGGAGAGCCGGCCUCGCUCGGCGGGCUUCAGCGCACCUGAGCUGGUGCGCACGCCGACCAGGGGCACCAUCGACUACUCCUCCCUCCCGCCCAUGAGGUGCUCCAGGGACGGGCCGGGGGACGGGGAGGCCGGCCAGCCGCGGCCGCCCAAGCAGACCCACCAGCGCUCCCUCAGCAAGCCCAUCUCCUUCCCCCCCAACCCCGCGUCGGCGGCCGGGCCGGGCCCCGGGGACGCCGGCUGCAGCCAGCUGCGCAACUCCUGGUCCGAGACCAGCGCGGAGGAGGCCCCUCCGCUGCCGCCCCGCGGCCACACUCCAGAUAGAAGGAACACUGCUUUCUUCUUUGAAACCAGCCAGACUCCACCAGCGCCCCCGAAGCGACUAGUCAAGAAGGGUUCCGGCUCCACGGGGUUCGGUGCGGAUUCCCUCGUUGACUCCUCGCUGGAACUGGAGCAGCUAACGGACGCCGGCGACCACGACCUCAGGGACUCCGGCUACUCCGAGUUCUCCAUGUCGCUGUCCCAGACGACGCCCAACAACUUCAACAACCUGUCGUACGAGGAGUUUGACCUGGCGCAGCGGCGCUCCGACGUCAUGAACAUCUCGCCCCCUCCCAUCCCCCCCAAGAGCACGCCCACGCCCGCCCCGGGCUCCCCCGGCGCCACCUCGGAGCGGUGCCCCGUCGAGAACUACUCGGUCCCCAGGCUCCAGAAGCAGCCGGGCAGUCCCUCGUGAGGCGUCCCGCCGGCCGCCGCUGCAUUCCAUAUCAUUCCGUGCGCUCCCAGCCAUUCCUCCGCUCCACACCGUUCACGUUUCACGCUGUUUGUUGGAACUCGCCAAGGUAAAAAUGACUAUAUUUUCUAUUGGACUGUCUGAGCAGAAUUCAAAUGGUUCCGAAACUAGGAAGGUGGUGUGCAACAUCAAUUUUGUUUUCUAAGUAGAUUUAAUGGUAAGUUUGACCAAAGUAUGAGCGACUUAGCUACGAGAAUGUAUUUAAUAUGAAUUAAAUUUCAAUUUAAUUAAAGACUUGACGGUAAGUAUGUUAUAAAGGCAUUAUGUUAAUGUCAUAUGUGACAAGUAGUAUUAGUGUUAGGUUCACACGGUAUGCAAGACAGUACGGUUUACAUACAUGUUAUAAUCUCAAAUAUUUUUAUUUUUUUUUUAAAUUUCUUCUGAUGGGUGUGUGAGAAUGACACAUAUCAUUUUUUUCAGCAUUAACUGGUGUUUAAUUGAUUUUCUAUAUAAUUUUCUCAGAAAUUAUAAUCCUUCUUAGGCAUAAAUGUGCUGUAGAAAAAAUAUAAAUAUUUAGGAUGUA